GUAAUUUUGGUCGCUCAGACUCCAAAGGACCCGACUUUGAGCUGGUCGACCGAAAUGGCGGGGAGGAUUUUGCAUUCGACUUCAGUGGCUCUCCGAAAAGCUUGUCGGUUGCAGAACUUUUCCUCUAAUUCAUUCAUGUUGAUGCCCUUCCUUUACAGUGGUUCCCUUCUCCACACAACCAGGUUUUUGGUGGAGAAUCGAUUUUUGAACCAAUCUAUGGUAGAAAGAGGUUUCACUUAGGGGGACAUGUAUGGAUCCACUCAGCCCCAUUUCUGAAUGCUGUUGACAAUGUAAUGGAGUUGGGCAACCAUUCUGGAAACAGUGCCACUGUUGAUGGUGCAGCUAGUGCUAAACCCAAGAGGAAGAAAUUGAAGGGUAAACGAGCAGUGGUAAGGUGGUUAAAAUUCUUCAGGUGGAAGAAGAAGAAAGAGUAUGAAAGAAUGACACCUGAAGAGAAAAUUCUAUACAAAUUGAGGAAGGCGCAAAGGAAAGAAGAGAGGCUUGUCACAGCUUUGAAAAAGAUUGAGCCUGCAGAAUCAGCAGAAACAACCCAUGAUCCAGAGAUAUUGACUCCAGAAGAGCACUUCUUCUUUUUAAAAAUGGGCCUUAAGUGCAAAAAUUAUGUGCCAGUUGGAAGACGGGGAAUAUACCAGGGUGUAAUACUGAACAUGCACCUCCAUUGGAAGAAACAUCAAACUCUGAAAGUGUUUGUCAAGACAUUCACUCCAGAGGAGGUCAAGGAGAUUGCUGCUGAGUUGGCUAAAUUGACAGGUGGGAUUGUGCUUGACAUUCAUGAAGAGAACACAAUAAUUAUGUACAGAGGGAAGAACUAUUCUCAACCACCAACAGAGAUUAUGUCACCCAGGGUCACUCUUUCCAGAAAGAAGGCUUUGGAUAAAUCCAAGUAUAGGGAUGGUAUCCGAGCUGUUAGAAAGUAUAUACCGAGACUUGAGCAGGACCUUGAGUUGCUUCAUGCACAGGCUGGUAUCAAAGCUGAAAAUAGAAAUCACAGUGUAGUUGACACAGAAAACACUAAUAUUGACAAUGUGGAUUCUGGAAACCUCUCAAAUUUGCAGUUGGAAUGUUCGGAUAAGCUGAAAGAGCUUCUGGACAGGAGCAAGGAACUCUCUGAUGGUGAAUCUUCCACUGAUUCAGCUAUUGCUACAGAUUCUGAAGAUUUGUCAGAUAUUUUUGAAACUGACUCUGAGACAGAAGCAGAGGAUAAAGAAAAACAAAAUCUUUAUCUAGACCAGUUUGAGAAAUUCCCAGUUGAAAGUGAAGGAGAACCCGAUGAUUUUGAGGAGCACCUGCGUCAAAUAUCCAACUCAAGAAAGGCAACAGCAGCAUCAGAAAAUAAUGUUGACUCGCCAAACUUUGAUGAGGUAGAUCAGAUCUUUCUGCGAGCAGCUUCACUCUUAAAGAAAAAGAGGAGAUAGGAGAUAUAAACCAUCUAGUUUUUAUUGUUGUUGAUAUAGAUGUUUAUUCAUUCCCAUUUCGUCUAUGAAGCUUCUUUUUUCAAUGGACUUCCCUUUUAGAGGCUUGAUCGCAAGACGAAAUGCUUAACGCUUGAAUUGCUUGCACCAAUAGGAUGUUUUUGUAGUUUGCAGGUUGCAGAAUGAAUAGAGCAUAAAUAU